AUUUGUCCUGUAAAAGCUCUUCGACUGCAAGGAUUUUCUCCACUAGAAUGUUUGUGCGCGAUACUUCAGUGAGUAUUAAAGGCAGUGCAUCCUCGCUCUGCAAUAAUCUGACGGUUUUGUCGUCAAGGGAGAAAGAGUCGGUGACUUACGGUGUCGUUCACAAGGCGUUUGUUUGCAUUACCAACGUUACGAAGGGAAGCACCGUAAAUCAGAAACAAGUCUCUUGUAAAGGAGAAGGAGCUCAUAGUAGUUCUGCUGUGUUACAAGUAAGUGAGCUGGCUGUUUAUGCAGUCAAACUAUUAUGUUCAUUCAGUCUCCCGUGAUGAAAAUAUAUUCGAGAAUCGUUGAAUAAAUAAGCGCUUGAAAUUGGGAUCGGAUCAGAUUCAGAGUCGCAUAGAAUUAUGGCUUAUUAGACAAAACAAACACUUCUGUUACAAAAAAUCGAGAGGUUCACGGCUAAACUCUAAAGCGUAAGCUUAAUCCAUGCAAAUCAACAGCACAUAACUUUACUUUUGAUAGUUACCGGUGGUAAGACUGUCUAGAUCUACUGAGUUAAGCGGGCGUUUUGUUUGUUUCUCCGAUUUUGAUAGAUGUCUUUACAGUUAGUUUUUCUUUCAAAUUUAAACGAAAUGCAUUGGGAAGUAAGUAAAAAUAUGUAUAUAUUAUUAGUUAGUUGAAUUUUUGUUGCCAUUUUCUAAAUUGAAAUAGUUAUUUUUUUUUUAAAUUUCUAGUAUUUGAAUGGUAAUCACUUGUCACCUCCAAAUUUUGCAUUUUGGAAUGUCCAUUUAAACAUAAGCAAUGAAAUGGUACAUGCAGAAUUGUUCAGCCUAACAAAACAUGAGUAUCACCUGUUCUUAGCAGGAAGUCAAUGCAAGGACUUUCCCUCUCUAUCUUGAACCUGCUACUGCCAUUACUUUGUUACCACGUUAGUAUUUUUUCAAGUGGUCAGUUUGGCAGAUAUGUUAAAAACUUGCCCUGGCUAAAUUGUUUUUACUGGUGAUUAUUGCUUCAUAGUCAUAAUAAAGGCAAUGACCAGCACAGAACAACACAAUCUGUGUCUCAAGAGUGUCCUUAUUUAAGGAUGUUAUCAUUUUAAAUGUGGGAGAAUGUUUGGAAAUUGUGACUUGCCAGUGUAUUUUUGCACUUGCCCUCAGUGGAUUUGCAAUACUCCACAGAUACAUUUUCCAGGUUCGGGAACACUUCAAUCACGUUUGUUUAUUUUUAAACAAUUUUAAAACUAAACUAGUGAGCAGCACUCUGCAAUCUGUUGCUGUUAAACUUGUUUAUCCUCCUACGUGUUUCGUCUAACUAACGUAGACUUCUUCAGGGAGUUUUUCAAUCAAAUACUAAACGCCUGUAUUUAAGCCAUAAUAUGACUAAAAAUAAUGAUAGUCACAAACAUUGAAGGUUUGGCCGGAUUUAUGAAAAGGAACAGGCGAAGGUGUGAAAUUUUUAUGCAAGGUGUGAGAAAACUUUGGGGCCACAGUUUUAACUAAAACUGUGGCCCCAAAGAGCAUAACCCCAGUUGCUUAAUCAGCUUUUAUGAUUGGCAGAAAGCCAAACCUCAGGUGAGGUCUUGGAUGUUAAAUUCAAAAAUUUUUUUGAGGGUGUCCCAAAAGUUCGUUCCUCUACUUUAUAAGUCUGUAUUUCAGUAAGAUUGGACGUGGUAAGCAAAUCAUUUGAAGAAAGGUUGUGUGUUUCAAUCUAAUUCACCAUUUUCAUACUGAUGGUGCCAUCUUUUGACUUGAAUAUUCGAUUUGUGUACUUCCGCGCCAAAGGUGCCCGUGCGCGUUUUUUUUUCCCAGCCACAUAUUUUUUGUAUUUCAUAGCCCGAAUUGCUCGAACUCCUUCCUUGUUUUUUUGUGAAUAUCAAGAAAGAUAAACUCUCUUAACGCAAAAAAGUUCAGCUACGCGAGAGCAUAAGCAUGUAUACUUCGAUUUACUUGCCUAUCUGUUGUAGAAACUGCUUAAGAAACUGGAAAAAUUCGAAUUUUGGGUGGUAAAAUGAUCAUGGAGAAAUGGAAGUUUUGAAGGCAAGAAACGAAGGGGAAGACCAAAAGUCCUGAAUAAAGCAGCUAAAAUAGUUUUGAAGAAGGCUAGAUACAAAAAAGGAGACUCGACGAGGAAGCUCUCACAUAGUUAACCAACCAAGUCCAGAAAGGGUCAUGAAAAGGUGUUUAAAAUGUUUAAAUUUAAUGGCCCCUGAGAUGUCAAAAAAAAAAACUCUGCUUAGUCUGCCAAGUAACGCCCAGCUCUUCUCAAAUUUGUAAAGAAUACAAAAGCCUUGCUGUGGAAGGGGGCGGGGAUGAUUAUCUUUUUUGGAUGAAUGCCCAAAAUAAAUUUUUUUUCAGCUGUCUAAACUAAACAAAUAUUGUUUGGGGGUUGAACUGGCUCCUGCAAACACCAGGUGAUGAAAAAGCUCAAAAUAGAUCAUCUGUGGGUCUACUGUAUCCCACUUCAAGACGCAACGGCUACAGAAUGUGGUAAAAAAACAAAAAGGGCAUGCCAGUCACUGAAAUUCUGAAUACGUGUACUCGAUAGAGAAAUAAACAUCUUGUAGAAAUUUUCAUGUAAAAAUAAAGUUUUGAUCUAAAGUUAUAGUGCAUGAAAUUAGAGGAACGAACUUUUGGGACACCCUGUACAAAUUUUUGUGUUAUCAUACUUAUCCAAACCAUGUUAUGGCCAUCUUGGGCUACCUGACCACUGCUAAUAUGGAUCCCUGUGUGUGCUGGUACAUGUAGACAUUUGGCUAAAGCUUGACCUCAGAGAUUCUUACCAUUUUGUCAAGCAAAGAUUUUCUAACUCAAUCAGAAUAGAAUCUGAAUAUUUUGCUUGAAUCUCUCGUUGAACUUAAUCAGUGAUUAUGUUGAACCAACAGUUGAGAUCAUCUACCUCAUGGACAUGUAAUUGUUUUGGGGGAGAAUAUGAUUAUAAACAGCUGCUUGCUGGUUCCACUAGAUUCCCUUACUGUAUUAUCUAGUUACAAUUAACACAGGUGACCCAAAUUCGGUGCAUAAAUUACCACAUACAUGUUUCAAUACUGUUUUGCAUAUUAUGAACUAUUAUUAUUUUGUAUGAGAAAUUCAAAUUUGUCAAGACAUAGAAAUAUAGGCAAACUUCUAGCUUAGCACAAGUGCUGAAACUAAUAGGGGAUAAAUAUAGAAAAUGUAAAUUUUACUUACACAGCUAUAAAUUCAUUAACUUUACAGGCAAAAUGGUGUGAGUUACCAGAGCGGAAAAUUUUGGUUAUCACCUCUGUGAAGGGUGCUCAGGUAAUAACAACUAAGUGACAAUUUUUUUUUUAGUUUUUAAUUUUAAAUUUUACUGUGUGGUCAAUGUUUUAUUGUUCUACCAACUUAGCCAGGACUCAAACUUUUAAUAGCAAAUGAUCCCACCUUAUUGACAGCAAUGUCACAUAAUGCAGCCGGCAUUUUAAGAAAUUGGUAACACACAGCAUGCAACCGUUGAGUUUAUGGAUGCAUGUGGGAAGUUGCUAAUUACGACUGAUUGAUUUGCCUAAGAGUUACUCAAGGUGUAGACAAGAGCAUGCAUCUCUAGCUUCUUAAGUGGACACUAGCUUUUGUGUUUGUUUACUACCUGGGGGGAUACUCAACAAAGUUUUAUACGGCAAGGCUCUGCCCCAAGGUCCACCCCCUUACCCUUUUAUAUACCAUUUUUGACAGAAAAGGAACCCAGGGUUGUCAUUAAGAGCCGGGGGCCGGGGAUUUUCCCCGGCUACUAAGAGAGUGGCCCCGGGCUACUUUUAUUGGAAAAUAGAAGAAAAAUAGAACCAUAAGAAAUCUCUAGCCGUUUGAUUCCCCACCUGCUUGUUGUAUUUACCUGGCAACUUGAAAUCUUAGCGACAACCCUGGGAACCCCCCUUCAUAUACCCUCUAUUGGCAAAUUGUACCCCUUUCACAUACUUAGCUCAGAACUUUCCAUCCUUUUUAACUGCUGUAAAUUCACUGUCUUUAAAAUAUGAAUAAACCACAAAACCAGAAAGUUUUCUCAACUUUUUCACACUCAGCCAUAAAAUGUAUCUGUUAGUCCUUUUUUGCCUUUUUACGACCAAAAUGACAUAAUAAUUAUGUCAUUUUUAAAUUAUUAUUUUCCUACGUUUUUAUAUACCUGAACUAGUGAAAUCCCAAUCCUUUCAUAUACCUGAAGGUUGAAAAAGGUACCCCUUUUGGGUGGAGCCUCCCUGUAUAGGCUAUUACAGGGAGUACUGCCUUCCCCUCAGGGGUUUACUGUGAGCAAGUAGGCAAUGAUAAAUUGGAAAGUGACCAAUUAAAGUACACACUUCGCUUUUUUAUGUUUAUAAAAUUUUAACUGACGCAACAAGUUUUCUGUUCUUCCUGAGAUAGAUAGAACUCUACCCCCUUUCCUCAGCAUUCAAAGUGAGGUACUAAAAAAAAGCUAACAAACCAUUGUCGUCUCUUUAAAGUUCACAGUUUUAGUGAAUUUUAGGUGACCCUUACCUUUAAGUGGAUAAUGUAGUUAAACAAAAAUGUGGUGAUAGUUACUUGUUUGCUUUCAAUUGUUGUUUAGAUGUUUGAAACCGAUGGAUCAAUUAUGAUAUUUUGGCAAGCACUUGGAGAGUCCAAGGAGGGAGGUAUGUUUAAACCUGGAAUAUUGUUUUAAAGCUCCAUAAGAUAACCAGAUUUUUAAGGCUUUUUUCUUGUUGUAUUCCUCAAUCUGGAUCCUUGAAAAGAGCAGUUCUUUGUGACAAUUUUUUACAACUCGUUGCACAGACAAAAGGGAUGGAAGUUUUGAGGGACUGGAUAUUUUGAACAGAAUGUUCAUGUCUUUCUUGAAAGAAAACUAAAAACAUGUUAAUAUUUUUUGAGUCUUGGAUACAAAAAGUAAUUUGAAAAGCUUCGCUAGACCCCAGAAAAUGAAGGUUACAGGUUUCUGUUUCAACAGGAGUAUAUUAAAUUGGGAUUACAGUAUACCACAAAGAUGUAUACUUUCCUAAAACAAACAUUAAGAGCUAGAUCAGUGUUCCAUGCAAUUCCUCAGUUCAUUUCUUUGUCUCUCUUGGGGCUUGAAAAAUACUUUAACUCCAGCCUUGGGGGAUGUACUCCCUUAUAUGGCCUAUACAGGGAUGUGCUGCUGGAUAGGGUAAGAUUUUUUUUCUGACUUGUCCUAAACAGAGCAUAUAAUUUCAAGUGAGUCUAUCCUAAACUGGGUACAUAAUUUUGUGUGAGUCUGUUAACAGGGUAUUGCCUGCACGAUUGAUCUGAUUUACUAGAUGAAAUUUGUUUGUACUUCAAGUAUACAGUUUGACUAAGAACAUGAAUUUGCUCUCCUGAAAUUGCCAAUAAAUGGCUUUAAAACAAGACGGUGUGCAUUGUGUCCUUUGUCCUAAACAGGGUAAUAAAAUUGAGGGUAUCGUCCUAAACAGGGCAUGUAUUUUACAACUUUUUUGCGCAUAGGUCAGGGUUUCAAACCCUCAGCGGCUCACCUAUAUGCAAAUAUUGGACGAGUGCCACCCCCUCCCCCCAGGGACUCCAGCCUGCUCACAUUCUGCUUGCUCAGUGUCAAUAGGGCCAUUUAUAAAAGGAAAAAUAACACCCCUCUUGCAUAAGACGCAACCUAAAUAAGAGGAAAACUAUCCCAUAUAAACAGCACAUUUCGUUUGAAAUUUAGCUAAGAGGCGUCUUAUCUGAGAACAGCUCCUAACACUUGUUCUUUGGUAAGACGCGUCUUAUUUAGGACGUGUCUAAUGAAAGGUGCAUCUUAUUUUUCCUCGUAUAAAUAGCCCUGUUGUUCAUGAUCAAGUUACAAGUUGACUUUCCUGAACCCUUUUUCAUCGGAAAGUGACCGCAGCCUAAAAAGUUACUUGCCCAGCAAGAAAAUUUUCAGUUCUGUACUGUACUUGUCCUGGAUGACCAUACAGAACUAUUUUUGAGCCCUUUUUCUAUGAAAUUUACUUAAUAUUCACCUCCUUAGAAAAUGUCUCUGAGGUGGAUGCUUAGUGCCAGUCCAAGUAGAGCCUAUCUUAGAGACAGAGAGAGUAAUCUGAUUUUACUACUCUGGUCCAUUUUUACACAGUUUAUUCUCAUUUUGCAAGAGGCAUUUGUGCAGCUGGAGAGAAGUACAUUUGUGUUGGUAAGCUAUGCUGUAAUCUGUUCAGUUUUAAGGUAAAUGGUUUUAAUUUUGAUUUUGAUAGAAGGUGACUAUAUUUUGUUCAUUAUUGGUGGUGUUGUCUUGCUAUGCUUCAAGCACUUUGGACCAAUACAAAACCACAAUCCUUGUGCCACUUGUAAGAUACUCAGUUUUUAUGCCCAAAGAUUCCACUGAUGCACAACCUGUGCAGUACAAAGAAUCUUUCCAAGCAUUUCUAAUAAAAGCAAUUUGGUUCUGGACCUAGAGCAGUUAGGUAUACUUAAGCUUUGUAAGAUUGCAUAUAAACACUGGUCAUUUUUUUACCUACCUAAGAGGGUUACCUCGCCUACCUGACACCCCCACCUCCAUGUAAACAGGCCCUAGUUAGAAACAAUUGCAUGGGAGGCUAUCACUACAGCAAAUUUUCAAAUGUUUUUCAGGUACAUCAGAGGGUGCAAUUAUGGUGUUUGAUAUCCCUCCUCGUGGGACAGCUGUUAAACUUCAAGAGACUCUUACUGCGCACAAGGUAACGAUAUGUGAGCUGGAAUCACAAGGCAGUCGUAUGGCAUCUACAGAUGAAGAGGGAAAUAUUAUUCUUUGGCAAUCAGGGGGCCAUUUUACAGAGAUUAUUAAAAUUGAAGGAAAAGGGUUAGUAUUGUUUUGUGGCAAAGAAUAGUAAACAGUUCAAACAGUUUAGAGGAUGGUUAAAGGCAGUGUGUGAGGAUGAUGACUUCAAAGUGGCAUCACACACUCUAAAGGGUCCAAUGGAGUUGUAACUUUGAUGGUUGACAGUUAUCAUUUAUGGAAAUUUAGCCCAAGAGUUCAAUUAAAUAUUAACUUUGAUGUAAAUUAAUAUUGACUGUUGUGUUUUGGAGGUUUUCUUGGCCUUUAAUUCACUUAAUAUCAAAAUCUUUUCAGAUAUAAGCAAGUUGUAUUGCCAUGUCUAGAGAAAGUGUUUUUAAGAACAUGGGAACUGAUUUUUCCAGUGUAUAGUUUCUUCAGGAGCCAGACAUCCGUGAAGAUCAGCUGAAUCUAAGUGAGAUUUGAAAAACCUUUGAAACUUUUUUAUUAAUCUGCAUUUUUGAUGGGAGACGGUAAAAAAACACCUGUUUCAAUGGCUGACGAUUAAUUUUAAGGCCAUUGGACAGCUGACAGUUAACCCCAUUGAGACUCUCACAUUAGCCUGUAGCAUAACAGCAAGCUCUCUAUUUGGAAACAGAAUCUGUUCAGGAACUCUGAUUGGUUGAUGUCAUAGGCAUAUUGUUUUAGCUAUUGUUUAUAGACGACAGACAAAAGACAACCAGUCACAAAAGUCAAAUGUAAACACAAUAAAUCUACUACAAAACAGUCGGUAUUGUGGAAUAUAUUCUUCUUUAGAAAAAGCAUUUGACUUUUACUGCAGCUUGUUUGGAGAAUAACACAAAACUUUACCAUAAUCGACUAGGAGAAACACAGAAUCGAACAAAUUAACAUUUUGGAACCCCAUGACUACUGGAUUUAUUAUGUAAACAUUGAAUUACAUCAUCAGUGUGGAAUUUCUGUUGCUGAAGCACAGACGUCACUCCUGGCAAAACGUCCUUAGCGGUGAGGAGUGAGGAAAAACAGCUGUUUUUACAGGCUAAGAGAGGCAAUUUGAAAUAAAUUGUCAAAGACAAACACAUAACUUAAACAUUAACAGAGACAAGUGGAACUCCUCAGGUUAUAAAAGGAUCAGCAUUGUCAUUAGCCUGCAAGCAAGUUCUUCUUUAGGGGGAGUCGCGAGAAGUUGUGCGGGAGCGCACGUGAAAGGAGACACAAGUAUUUUCCUCCUCCCCUCGCUCAUUGGCCCAUUCUCUCACGGCUCACUUCGCUUGACAUAACUGGAGAGCUUGCUUGCACGCGACAUUGUCAUUUUAAACAAAUACUAAUUUACAAGCAGGUUAUUAUUACAAGAUAAUAUCCACUUUGCCAAGUUAUUUUGAGUUCCCUGUCUGUAUGAUCAUUUCAUGUUCUGAUGUGAUUGUGUGCCCAAUGGGCUAUGCUUGAAAGUGUUACUGUAAACACAAAUGAUCUCCGAUCAAAUAUGUCCUUUAAAAUUUUUAUUUUGGUUAGAUUUCCUUGUUCGUCUGUUUGCUUGCUAAAGGACUUUAUCAUUGGAGGUUUUGGAACCGGUCACAUAAGAGUGUUUGGUGCUUCAACUGGUUCACUGCUUAUCGAGGCAUGUGCUCAUGCACGCUGGAUCAAUGCAAUGGAUAUAUGCACAGAUGCCAGGCUGGUAAGACUUUGAUUUCAGAGCUUCAAAUAACCAUUAGUAAUAGGACAGAUAUUUCUGAGGAAAACUUCCCUAUGUCUAACAAAAUCCUUAAUGGGCAUGAUGACUGGACAGACCAAAUACUAAGGAUUGUCAUUUUGUAGAUUUGCAUAGUAGUUUGAAGUUAACAUAGGUCCCACUAAUUUUUUGGUUUGCCCUGCCCCCAAGGAGGGGGGCUGGGGUACUCCCUAUAAUGGCCUAUACGGUACAUGGAGGCUCCACCCGAAAGGGGUAUCUUUUUCAGGCUUCAGAUAUAUGAAAGGGUAGGGAUUUUAUUAAUUAAAGUAUAUGAAAGGGUGGGGAAAUCUGUCAUUUCGGUCUGUAAAAGGACUAAAAGGUGCUAACAGAUGCAUUUCAUAUAUGUGAAAGAGGCAAGAAAACUUUCUGGUUUAGUGAUUUAUUGGUAUUUAAAAGACGGAACACUUAACGCAGUUAAAACUAGGUAUUUCAAAGGGCACCAUUUGUCAGUAGAAGAUUUACGAAAAUAGGUAAGGGGUUGGAUUAUGGGCGGGGCCUCCUAGUAUAAAACUUCGAUGUGGGUUUACCCGACUUACGUCCCUUUUAAAAAGAAAACUGAUUUGCAGGCCUGCAAUCCUCAAUCAGUAUUUGUAUAAUACACUGUAAGAGUUAUGGAAUAGCAAAUCUAACACAUUGAGACCACUGUUAAACCAUUUCACUGCAAGGCCAACGUAAUGUGAGGUUAUUUGUUACUUUUACUUAGCCUGCAGAUAAGGUGUUAUUUUUCCAUGUUUUUUAGGCAAGCAAAGGUAUGCGCGAAGCGGGCGUAGAGAACGAGACACAUGCGAUGGGAGGGACGCACGAAAAAGGCGCAAUUUUUUCCGCGCCUAUUUUACCGCGCUCUCCCCCGUCGCGCGUGUCUCGCGCUCCACGCCCGUUCGUGCUCAACAGCGGUGAAAAAAGCGUCUGUUUUGCAGGCUACUUUAUUUUCAAAAUCUGUGGACAAAAUCCUAUUAUGUCUCCACUUCAAGUGAUCCUCUUUAGUAGAACUUUUGCAUAUCACCAUUUAUUCAUGUUUUAAGAUUUCAGAACAGAAAUGAAUUUGAUUCUUUUGUGAAUUUUUUCUUUGGUCGCUUUUAUUAAGUAGCGACAGGGUUACAAGAUUACUAAGAUUUAAGAGACUUGGGUGUUUCUUUGCUUUUAAUAAAUAUAAACCCGCUAACUAUAUUAAGCACAAAAUACUAGUUCGGUUUAGAUAAGUUGUAGUUCUGACCAUGAAAUAGCCUACAAAUAGCAGCCAACCUCUCGCGACGCCACCACUUGUUUCAUUUCGCGGGGAAACCAGUGGUUCGAAGUGGUAACGUCGCAAAAUGUCGACUUUUUUCUCAGGUUACUGCUGAGAAUAUCCAUGAAACGGUUAAUUAGAGGUCAUGUGGAUGAUUCCAGUCUUACACAGCCAUCCUUACUAAGAAAUGCUGCUUUACCUUAGACACUUGUUAAAGGCUUUUGUUUUUGCAGCUUGUUUCUGCAUCUGAAGACAGUUUUGUAAGAGUAUGGAAGCUUUCUACAGAAGACAAACCAACAGUAAGUUUCUUUAAGACAUUUACCCGGAUUGUCUGUUGAACCCCUAUAAACUUUCCUUCUUUGCUGUUUUUCUAAGCUUUUUGACCUUUAUAUAUCUUCCUUUGCAGAUGGAAAUGGUAUUUCAGCAGUCUAUCUCAGAUGUCCAAUUGUGUGGAGCAAAAUUUGUGGACCUUUCUGGCGACACAUUCGGAGUAACCGGCUAUGAUUUAUCAGAGAUAGUAAUGUUCACCAAACAGUAAUACAUUCGCCAAUAAUCUUACUCGAACAUCACAAAAUUAGGAGAUAUGUUCUCUGUGUCAAUCUGUGAAUCAUUAAGUUAUAUUUUAUUCAUAAAAGCAUUCGUUUUACUUGAAUGGAAAUUAGUGUCAUUUCUACACAAAUGUAGGAUGUUUUCAAUUGUCGAGUAGCAAGGUUCGGAGAACGGCGAGUUACUAAACACGUAGUCAUCUUUUUAUUUUUUGAUUAGAAAAAUAGUGUAGUUUUCGGGCUGAGCUAGUCCUUAUGCACCUAGGGAGCUUACGUAACGGCGACGGAAACGAGAAUGAAAAAAAGUAGGUUUUAAUAAGCAAAACGACAACUUUGGCGUCAUUACAUGACUACGAAGUAAAACUUCUUCAUGUUAAAUGGAGGAAGUAAACCAAGACAAAUGUUUUCUUUUUCUUUUUCUUAACUUAGAUAUAGUACUUUAGAAUUCACCCGGCCCCAACAUAAAAAAAUGUGCCUUUCAGCUGAAUUACAAGGAAUUAAUGCAUUCCAAAAUUUCGACGAUUAUAGUGUUCACACCGCGCCAGUCAAAUUUUUGACCAUACUGAUUAAGAAUUUGACCUCGACUUUGGCAUUCAAAUUUUUGAACGGGUAGCAGGUGGCUAGGCUUCUAAAUUCCCGUGUGAGCGGAACACCUGAACGCACAAAUUUUCAACCGGUCAAAAAUUCGUCCGGUUCCGUGCGAACGCAGCCUAAAACUGGUUAGAUACUUUAUUGGGGUGUGGAAGUUGUUCAUUAUUUUUUUUAUUCUUUAAUUUGUAUUUGGUUAUCACACCUUCUUCAACACAACUUAACUGUUCAUUUAUUUAUUAUAACGAGCGUGGAAAGACAUUAAUAAACUGUUAAUGAAACUGUUGUGGGUUCCUAUCUCUUAUUGUAUGGAGAGAUUAAGAGUCACGUUUACGACAAACGGCAAACGUCAAUUUCAACUCGAGGAUUUCUCAAAAUAGAAAAAACAGCUCAAAACAAUUCUUAUAGAUGAAAAUGACGUAAAAAUACUUAUUUUAUUGUAGAAGUAGUGAAAAGUAAACGACAGGUAAUUAGAAAACUUAGUCACAUGGUACAAACUUACUCUUGCUGUUGCGGUAAACGUGACUCUUAAUCUCUUUAUGAUGCUAGAAAGAACGGGUGCGCGUGUCUCCCUGGCGUGCCGCGUUCUUUCUUGCGCCCAUUACCUCCAAGCACUAGCCUGCGAAGCUUGCGGUUUGUUUGGUUCGAUUUUUCUUUUGUGGUUCACAAAGUAAGAGUUACAGCGACGCGAAAGCUGAACCGAAGGGAAACAAAAAACGAUGGAGAGGGGUCGAGGGGACGUAAUGAAGCACAAAAGAAAAAAAACACACCAAAACAACCGAGUGGCGGUGUUACUGGGUCAAUUUUUGCUGGUUAUAUGCCGCUGGCCUCUCGGAACCCAUACUCUAUUAAACUAUUUAAGUCUAUUCUAUGGCCAGUUAUAGACCCCAUCUUAGUUACUUUUGGCUGAAUGAAAUUUUCGCGAUCAAAACUUAGUCACUUUCAUUUUAUGGACCUUUAAUGCACCCAAAUCAGUCAAUCCUUUAUUAAAAUUUACCUUUGUCUUCCAAAAGGUAAUUUGUAGGCUGAUAUCCCACCAUUACGGCUCCUUCCGAACAACAGAAAUUACUUAAGGCAACCAAAACAGAUAUCAGCUAAAAAUCCCAGGGGGUUCUGAUCAACUAGAAAGUUAUAACUGUAUUAAUUCAAAAAGCACUACAAGAACACUACAUGCAAGAAGUAACUGAGUACGUUUGGUAUUAAAAAACAACUGAUUCGUGAAAAUCAAGGAGCUAUAAUUACUGCAUCAUGGAAGCGGUGAGAGUGAAUACUUUCGCCUAAAAAGGCUGUUUACGGUGUACAAAGUUCUUCCGUUACGGUCGUUACGACAUUGUGUUAUGUAUCUACACUUUAAGGAUCUUUAAGACACACGACACAACUUAGGUACUUAGGUACAGUUAUUAAACGCUCUUGACUAAGCCGUCGGAUUUGUAAGAUAAAAUAAAAUAAAACAUUAAAUCUUUGUAUCGUAGAUCAUGGUCUGACCUUGCUUUGUAAAAACCGGAUGUUUCAAAAAACGUGCUGCUUGUUCUUAGUUUCUUGUUUGUUUGUUUUUUUUUCAUAUUUCAACGAAGCCCGAGGCAAUGGAAAUUGUUCUCGGACCAGCAGCCAGCGUGCAGAUGUACAAGAGACCCACGGCUGUACAGGUCGAGGGGAACUUUAGAAUGACCAAAAAGUAAGCCGCAAACAAGUGUGAACUAUCGAGUUCAAAAUAUUUUCUUUAUUCUAUAAAAGUAUUUGAAAUAGAGUUCGUUUUUUUAUACAUACUCAGCUGAGGAUAAGUUCUUCCCACCACACCUGUUUGUCUUGCUUUGUUUCGCGGCAAAUAUCCUAACUCGUUUACCAUUGGUAGAGACGGUGACCAAUCACAGAUCAGCAAACAUUGGUGCUGUUUCAACGCCGCACAGCGAGCCCUGCAACAGAGCAGACAUUUUGUUUUGUCCUGCCAGAAUGAGGGCAGUGAAAUUAUAUCAUAAACAAAUGGAUGUGCCUUGGAAGUUUUAAGUCAUGAUAUUUCACGAUUAAGGCCUCGGACAGCUUCACGUUUGACCAAAAGAGGGUAAGUUAACGGUGACUUCUAGAGCUCCAAAUUAUACCAACUUGUUGAUAGUGCGCGCAACCGCUCUUAAGUUAUACAUUUGUCAACUAGCAAUUCUCAUUCACGAAAACAGCUACUGUAGGAUCGAGUGGUUGCACGAAGUUACGACGUGUUUCACGUGUUACGUGAUAUAUAUCCUGUUAAAUUAUCUGCGGUAUAUAUCCGGAAAUUAGGAGAGCAAGAUCGAACUGACUGUUUGUUGCGUUACGGUUGUAUUCAAGCUAAACCUAACUAAAUUUAGCCACGAGAAUAUCCUUAGGUUAGAUGAAAGUUAGGUCAAAGGAGUGCUUAGAUGACUGGCGUGUGUUUAUCCUGGUUGAUAAUUCUUGUAUUUUUUUAGAAGAUAACGUGAUCAUUGUUUGAAAACCAAGUGAAGCAAUAAAAAGUUGAUGCAGAAGUAGAGCGAUAAACGAUCAAGCGAAGUAAAGCGUACAUUUGUGCAAUUCGAUCAGGCUCAGUAACCCUUUGUUAUUGUAAUGACUCUCGCCUCUUUGUUCGAAUCUUAUUCAGCUUUUGCCAAGUCCUAUCCAACCGGCUGGACUCCAGAAAACUCAAGACAACGCGUUCGAGACUGUGAUCGAAGCUUCGUUGAGGCUUCGAACGCUUCGAAAACGGCUGAUUCUUGGAAUUGGAGGAUGCCAAGCGUUCCGCUUCCAAGCCCAAGCUAUAAUUCAACGGGGUAAUACUGUCUAAUGAACGCCUUGUAAAUUUUGUAUAUUCUGUUAUGCUAGGGUAAACCCAUUUAUAAAAAUCCACUCUUUUUAUAUGCUUCCGUUAUGUUCAACGAUGCAUGUAGGUUUCAACCAUGCAGAUCUCUUAAAAGGCACUCCUCGCGUGCUCAGCGCAUUUUUGUAACAGAGUGAAACGCUCUUGCCGAAAAGUUAAUCGAUCAUUUCACGAUAUUUUCUUUUCGUUUUAGGCGUCGCACUCCGUAUUAUACACAUCCUGAUGUAAGAAUUUAUGAGUUGAACCGGCGUUUACAACAUCGCCUCGAGGUUUGUACGGGUUUACUUUUAAAGCUAAACAAAGGCAGUAACUUUGACCAUUGCGAAGCUAAUGUUAGAGUUUAUGUUAUAUUUUAUUGAACCUUGGGGUUAUGUGGAAAGAAAAGCAUCCUUCAAGUUAUGUUUUUCUUGGCAUUUAUCCCUUACGUUAAAUCUUGACAUACAAUGGAAGAGACGGAGAAUUUUUCAUUAUACCCCUUAAGAUGAUGUGUUUAUAUUUAUCGUGAAUUACUGAAAGAAAAAGUAUAAAAGAGUGUUAAGAAAUUUUAAGCUUCUGUAAUCUACCCUUCAGCUGAAGUAUUGGCUUAGUGACCUGUUCUUUUUGUUUCUGUGAAGUGCGAUUUUGUCUCAGAUUUCACACAUAUUUGCAUUUUCAAAAUAACCUCACCUGAAGUCAAGUUACAGUUAUUGAUGAAUUCCUUUAACAUAAAUUUUGCCUCAGAACAUUGUCGGAUCGGCCCAUCACAUGUCAAAAUACUUGAAGUGCUUUCUGAAAAUAUAAAGAAGUUUUCCUGCUUUCGUUCUUUUCAUAUUGACCUUUAAACUGUGUGACUUUAGUCAGUGGUGGCUGGUUCUGUUUCUCACAAAUUUGUUGUCAAUUUUCUCUUUUAUCCCAAGCUCUAGGUAUAUAAUUAUUGGGAAAGGCUAAUAUUUUUUUAUAACAGGCACUUAUUAAGUUUAUUUUAUGCAUGCUUCAUUUUCCUUUCUUGUUUAUCACCUUCCUGGAAUAUUUGAGAUGAUUAUCCGCCUCGUAUUUUAUUUACACAUAAUUCUCUGCUCUGCACAGUAAUUUGACAAACUGAAAAGAAUAAAUCUGAAUUAAUUAUAAAAUUUCUUCCCUGUUAUCUGUAUUUUUGUUGUUAUUGACUUGAUUCCUUUUCACAUGAAAAUAGAAUAAUUAAGAUAAGAAAUGAAUUCUUAGAGCUGAGGUACUCCAUAACACUUCUGGAAUUACUUUACCUCUCUGGUCCCAAGAACGAUCAAGGGAAAAAGCUGUGAGAAAUGAUACAAUGAUCACAGAGGGGAAAUGCUUUUAUGUUUAAUCAAAUUCUCUUAACUUAUUCUUUAAGGAAUUGAGAAAUUGCAUGUGAAUAUUGGGUCGUAAAAGGUUAAAAGUGUUUUCUGAAGUGUGCUAAUAUCCUCUACAAUGACUGUCUGUCUGCAACUGCAAAAGUCACCAAAGAUCAUUCCACAUCCCAUGUGCCAAUAAUAGCCUCUCUGAUAGCAACAGACUUUUAAGAGAGAAUAGUAUUCAUGCUAAUGCUCUCAAUGCACCCUUUUCACUUCAUUUUGUUAACACUUUUUUCGUUGUGAACAUUAACUGUUUUAUUGAUGUGGUUGAUUGUUUUACAUUUUAUGAUGCAAGAAUAAACAUUUCUACAUAUAAAAAAUAUUAUAGUUUUCCCUAAGCCAUUAGCAUCACGCUAUCACUCACCCUUCUCCUGCCAUCUCUAUGCAACGACCUUGUACCUCUGUAACCUAUAGCUAUCAUUAAGAGGGUCAACUGUAUACUCUAGGCAUAAUUUUCCUUUAUGUCAAAUUUUAUUAUUUUGUUAUUUUAACUUAUUACAGAUGCAAUGUUUAGACUAAAUAUAGCUUGCAUUAAAUCCUGCUGCACUAAGCACUGUUUUGCGUCGGAAAAGGGUAAAAAUACUUUUCAGAAUUAAUCCUUAGUGUGUGAAAGAAUUAGUAGACCUGAUCCUUGUAAAAUGAUUUAGAGUUGUCAGAAAGUUUUGAAUAAGACAGCUUAAUUUUGCAAUAUUUUAUUAAAGAAUCAUAUGAAUAACAAAGCAGAAUAGCCGGCCAAAAACAUAGUGUAGGAGGAGUUUUUGCCAUCUGCCUGCUAUUUUUGGCAACUGUGACAAAUGUCUCAGAUUUAAUAACAGCAAUGUUUAAGUUUUGUCUGAUUACCCGAGGUUUGUGGAUUUUACUAUCGGGCUAGUGAAUUCUGUUCUUAACUUGCCCCAUGGGCAAGUGAAGUUUUUUGGAGAAUUCAUUUUGCAGAAGAAUGGUAAUCAAUCCUGUCCAUGAAAAAUUUAUUGGGGAGGCACCCAAAAGUACCCUCAGCAUAGUACAUGCUAGCUACAGCUAUACACCCUGGUUUUGGUACAAACCCCUUUUCUUUUCUUAUGGAAAUUUUGCUUAAAAAUACUAUUUAGCAUAAGAACAACUUGAUUUCCAUGAUAAAGCAGGAAGGGUUGUAUCAAAACAAGGUCAACUCCAGCCUGGUUUUCACCUGUAACUGUAAAAUGGGCUAUUCGUAGUAAGAUGCACUCAAAUUCUUGAUUUUUGUCUCUGACAGGAUGCAGACAAUGUAUGGUGGGAUGCAUUUGCAACAGAGUUUUUUGAUGAUGACGCUACCCUGACAUUGAGCUUUUGCUUGGAAGAUGGGCCAAAAAGAUAUUGUAUGUCUUUAAAAUCUUGUUUAAAGUGCUCUCUGCAUUAUACACAAAAUGAGCUGGGGUUUCAAUAAGCACCGAUGGCUGACAAAAUGUGUUGGCUACUUUGCUCAUAGAAGUUGGUUACUUUUUUUCUACAAGGAAGAAGGAACUAGUUUGAACAAUUUUGUAAACAAAAAAUAUGUCAUAAAAUUUGAAUGAAAACGUAAUUAUGAUGUGUUUUCGUAAAAGCGCACUGGUUUUACGUUAUGCUUUAGUCAUGUAAAUGCUAUAUUUCAGUCAAUCUCACAAGUUUCUUUAUACAUGUAGGUUUAUGCAGAAUUUGUUAAUGUGCAAACGUACGUAAUUGAGUUUUCAUCAUUUGUUCAUUGCUUGUAGGAAUUGAUUGUGACUGAUAAAUCAAAAGUUGAAUGAAAGCUACAUUUUCUUGAAUGAAAAACAUGCUCUUUUGUCCUCAGCUUAGUCCCCAGAACACUGAAAAGCACAUUAUAGGGCUAUGAAAUUUCAAAAUUUUGAUAAUUUUAAUACAGUCGGUUGCUCUAUUUAAACCUGGUGGAUACUUCAAUGUUUAUUGAAACCCCCUGAGUGAGUGUAAAAUAUUAUAAGGUGUAUUAUAGUUUAGUUUUCCAAAGGGUGCGGGGCGGGACUGAAAUUUUAAGAUAGUCUUUUUAUGCCAGCCGUGGGAAUGUAAUCAGCACCAAGAUUCUUGUAUCGGGUUUACUCCUCCUGCUUACUCCUCCUAGUCUGCUACAUAGCUGUUUUUAGAGUCAUCACGCAAUGCUCUUCCCUACAAACUGCUGCUGUGAACUGAAUCACACUUUUUCCAUUUGUGUUUGUAUUCUAAAAAACUAACCAGUCAUGUAUUAGAAACAUGACAAGAUGUGAACUGCAGGGUGCUUGGAAACAAACACACUUCUCAAUUUUCAACAAAUCAAACAAUCAUUGCUGAAUUUCGACGGGCUUUGUCUAACAGCAGCGAAAAGGUUAAUUUCCGGAAUUGUUUGUUUUAAGCAGGGUGCAAAGAAAGUCAGUUUUACAGACUGCCAUUCGGACAAGCUGUAGCUAGCAUGUACUAGCCCACAAGUCAUUUUAACUAGCCCCAAAACCCUUUUUGAUUAGCAGGAUUGAUUACAAUCCUUCUGUAAUCUGAAUUUCCCCAUUUUUGCAAACAACAGCACUUACCCGUCGGGCAAGUUAAGAACAAAAAUCACUAGCCCGAUAGCAAAAUGCACCAGCCCCGGGCUAUCGGACACGACUUUCUUUGCACUCUGUUUAAGUAGUUAACAAAGUUCCUUGCAAAAAAGGUUUUAUAACCCUUCAUGACUUUUUUCAGGAUUGGUUGUUUCUUUUUAUCGUGCAUAUGUAUCAUGACUUUCCUGUGCCAGAUGUGCUUAUUGUGUUGCUUUACAAGUGAAUGUUAAACUCACAAGGGCAUUGAUUCAAACAAUAGCAAGAAUAUAAAUUAUAGAUGAGCGAUUUCCCGAAACUUCCCGGCAACUUUAUAGGUACAUCCUUGUUGUGCAUCACAUUUGCUCGGCUUGCUUGCUGUUGCUGUGCGCUGCUUAUACUGUGACAAAACUACCUUACUCUUGGUUGUAUGACACAGUUUUAAUUGUUUUGUCAUUCACACGUGGGGUGCCAUUGAAAGUAAAGCUGUGAUUGGGGGAGUCCCCAUACCGAAAACUUAGUGCAAAUACCUUCCAGAUGAAAGGUGAAAUCUGUUGGCUAAAAAUGGGGAAAGGAAUGUGGUUUGGUUAUCAGCAGCCAUUUACGGGGAAGGAGCAUUGCAUGACGAUGCAAAGAUUGGCCGUGUAGCAGACUAACUCCCGAGGGGAUUAAGUUUGUUUUUUUAAGAUGACAUUUGUUACCCUUGGAUUACACUUUACUGUCUGGAAAUGCCAGCAAGAUGAUAACUGUUUUUGGAACUCUGUGGUCACUGUUUUCUUUUUCUUUUAGCAAUAGGACGGAAUCUGAUUCCAAGGUACUUUCGAAGUAUAUUUGAGGGUGGAGUAAAAGAACUGUAUUACCACAUUGUGCAACCGAAGGAGUCAUACCACAACAACACAAGUACAAUAACUCUUGAUUGUGAAAAUACAACCAUGAUUACACAUCAUAAAACACCAGUCUUUACAAAGGUUUGUACAGCUGUUUUUCUGUGAGGUUAAUUAUCUUUAAGUGGCUAAUUUAACUUUGCUUAUACUGUAUUGCAAAUCAACAAACCUGUGCUUGCACUUCCAAGCCAGUUUUCUGUCGCUUGUACAGAGUAGUAAAUAAACAAUAACACAGGACAGAGCAGCUCAGUCAUCUAACUAGUCAUCCACGGACUUAAGCAUUAGAGCCUCCUUGUACAGAUAAAUAAACAGCACCAUUCAAGAACAGUUCACUAUCUUUAUUUCAAUAUUUUUAUCACAGGAUUGUCAAAAACAAGAUUUUCACAUUAUCUAGUAUUAAUGAAAAUGUCCACAGGUAUGCACAGAGGGCCGCCUUUUACUGGAAUUCACCCUGGAUGAUCUCAUGAGAAUACGAAACUGGCACUUUGCUAUUAGACAUUACACAGAGAUGAUUCCACGCAAUGUUAUUGUUGGUGCCCAGGACCCAAACUUUCUGGAACAGUUAUCCAAAAAUAUCACCAGACAAGGAAUGACCAAUGUUACGCUUAAUUAUCUCAGGGUAAGAAAAAGAAGGAGAAAAACAGAGGCAGAUAUUGGACAUGUCACAUUUAAAGUGCUCUCCAGAGCCUCAAUUAAAUUUUGGCUUUCUUUUACUGUUCUAGAAUAUGGCAUUUAAUUUUCUUUAUGUUCUAACCUGUAACAAUAUGAAAAAUACAUUUUUCAAAGCUAUGCUAUGGAUCACUCAGAUUUGCUGGUGUAAAUUACACAUCUGCCUUAUCGCCAAUCUAUAUGUGACUCUUUUGUCAGUAACUAAUACUAAAAGUAUUGAAACAAACUAGCGUGUGUGUAAAUUUGUACUGUUUUAUUAUUAAUUUUUUUUCUGUAAUAUUAUUUUUCUCUUCUCUUGUACCCGUCUUGAUUAACUUGGGCUAGUUAUGGGCAGCAAGCAUUGUUAUAUUUAAUUGAAGGCUAAAUAAAGCUGUUCUUGUUGGUAGUGGACAAAACACUGACCCCAGUCAAUGGGCUACCCAUAUGGACUACCCUAAAAUGGAAUACACCACUGAAGUUUAGUGGUUAGGGUUAGUAACCUGAGUGAAUCAAGUUUCAGGCCAGUUUUCCCAGUAUAAUGACGCUAAAUAGAACCUGAUUCACUCAGUUUCCUAACCCUAAUCACUACACUUAAGUGGUGUCGCCCAUUUUAGGGUGGCCCAUGGCAGUUGUCCAUGGGCUGGCAGUUGUUGUUGUUAAUCAGUUUGUCUAUCUUUUAGCUCUGUGUUAUUCUGGAGCCCAUGCAGGAACUCAUGUCACGGCACAAGACUUACAAUAUGAACCCCAGAGGUAAGUUGUCCUGGUCAUUGUUGAUUGAUUCCAUCUGAAUUAUUUUUCACUAGAUGUGCCUUUCCUGAGCUUAAUUUCCUUUACUUUGUAGUAACAAAUAUCUUUUAUCUUCUAUAUUUUUCUAAAACAGACUGUUUAAAAUCCACACUUUUCCAGAGAUGGCAGCCAAUGUGUCCCCCACCAGGUAAGAACUCAAGCCUGUUUUCCUUUCUUGCAAACUAAAUUACCAUAUUUAUUCAGUUAGGCACCAAACCUCAAAUAGGCACCCACCCUUAAUAACCCGCUUCCCACCCAGCCUUAAAUAACUGCCCACUCUAUAGACAGGAAAAGUUAAUAAGCACCCAGCCUCAAAUAUAUAUAAGCACCCACCCCUACCACCUUCCACCAAAUAGAAUGGUCUUUGGCUUUCUGACAAUGAGAUUGGAAUGGACUAGUUUCUUCUGUUACAAAAAAGAGACCAAGUUUUCUUUAGUUAGAAUUUUAAUGAAAUUUUAAAUUCUCAAUUCUCAAGGUCCAAAAAUUUAAUAAGCACUCGGGACGUUGAAUCGAAUAAAUACAGUAUCUCAAUAUUAUUUUGGUGCUUUGUAUCAUUAACCUUUGAAGUCAAUGGAGACCUUUAUAAUAAUAAGUUAGCACUUUACGCAGGCCCGUGGACCAAAAUGUUUGCCAUGUAAAUGAUUUAAAUGUUCAGUCACCCAAAAAAGAACACUAUAUAAAAUUUCUGGACCGAAAAGGUUCCGGUGUAGAUUUCCUAAACAGUUGAUGUUUAUAUAGACUUGCUUCAGAGCAUGUUUGUUAUUUACCAGAUUGUUGUCUAUCUAUCUGUUAUUCACCAUAUCAGGGUGUUCGUUAAGCAUCAGAGAUCAGAGAAUUCUCCGGCUAAUGGUCAAUAGCCUAUGACUUUUUUUUAUUCAGAUGUGGAGCCGCUUUAAAAAUAUUCUCCUGUACAAUACACCUUUCUGCAACUACUAGAAUUCUUAAUGAAAACCCUGCUAUGUUGUUGUCUAUCCUUCUCCAGAUUAUCAGGGUGAGAUGAUGUGGCAACCAAAUACUCCAACCACUCCAGGUAAACAGGGACUUUUUAACAACCGAUUACUAUCUUCACACUUGUCCUCAGUGCUAAGCAGAUAGGAGAUGGGCUAUUGUAGAAACAAAUAUAGAUAAUUGACCAAAACCUCUUUGAUUAAAUUUGCAAAUGCAAAUUUGAACGUGUUGAUUUUCACAAUUAUUUUAAAAUAAGAUGGAAACUUAUGUCAAACCCACAGCUUCUGUUUGUUAACAGAACUUUUAUAUUAACCAUUUUUGUGUUAGUUGAUAUCUAGGUAGGAAAGAAUUAUUUUUUCAGGUUUCAUUUUUAUAAUCCACAGCUUUGGGCAUGUAAAAGUGCCAUCAUCAAAUUGAUGAGGAAUUGUUGUGUAAGAAAGUGGAAAUAGCGUGUCUCCAAAUGAUAUUGUUAUGUUGCUGUCAGUAACGUUUAAAAAAACUGUUGAUUUCCUUUACCUCAAAUGUUUUCCCUAAAUGCACAAACUAUCAGCACCCUUUGCCAAAUAGGUCAAGCUAUCAAUGCCAAAAUAAAGUCAGUUAUUAUAAGGAGCUGCAAGUAAUUAUCCAGCUAGCUUUCUCAGUAUGAACAUGAGUGGCUCUUGCUUAAAAAGUUACCUCUGUUCAGAAAACAACACAAGAAGAAGAAGUUAUAAUACAACAUUUUUUGCUGGUAAAACUGACAGCCCUGGCUGCCAUGUUUGCAUCACACAUCCUCAGUCACUGACUUAGUGAGCCUCUGAAACUGCUCUCCGCUCCUUAAACAUCUCAUGUAUACCUGUUUUCCCUAAAGGAUCCCCCUUUCCUAAACUUCUUGAGAGAACAUUGACUGGGCAGCCUGCUUCAAGGAAAGGUUAGCCUCAGUUCAGUCAGUGCGGCGGUGUUUGGACACAGGAUAUGGGCCUAAUUAUCCUGUUUUAUUUGGGAAAUAUUUCAUUGGCUUUUGCAUGCAAUUGAGUGCAUCCAUGUCUCUCUUCAGUGACCAUCUUUUUGUUCUCAUAUGAAAAGCAUCAUUCAUUAACCCUUUCACUUCAGGGCUGACACUAAAGACCAGGUGCUGGGACUUCCCCUGGCUACUGUGAGCUUGAUCCCCGCCAACUUUCGUAGGACAGAAAAAGAAAAUGAACCAAGAGAAACUCCUAGCUUUUCAUUUCUCUAUCUACUAAAUGCAUACACCCCACAACUUAAAAUCUUGGCAACAGCCCUGCAUUGUAAAGUGAAGAGUGAAGUCUCAUAAGGUAGUUCUAACGUUUAUGUCUGGAGAUAAAUCCUAUGGUGUGACUUUUUCUUUUGAUUUCAUAUUCAUCUUGUAUUAAGGAGAACAUUGAUGUUGGUCACUCUGGGGUCUUGAAGAGUUAACCUAGUAGACCUGGUAGACCUGUGCAAUAGAACUGAAAAAAUGCCCAGCAUAGAAGAACCAACAAGGUCUUCCACAUUUCCCCCCCUCCCCUUGUGUAAUACUCUUCCACAACACAGCCCCACCCCCCCUGAUGACUUGAUAAGCCAAUAUUUCCCAAACACCACCUUUUUAUUCCCAGGGAUGGUCGCACAGAAGAGAGCCAGCUUUCAUCAGCCAUUGUUUUUUCUCAACUUUUUCAGUGAAAGGUCAAAUCGUGUGGUCAAACACUGUCUAUAGCUCACUUUAAAUAUGGUUGCUACAGUGUUAUUCUGAAGUGUGAACAAAUUACUGCCAUACUGCUAACCCCCUUAGAGGACCUAAAAUUGUAUUGUGGGUGUUGAUUUGUUGUAAAUCAAAUCUCUUAUAACAUUAAGUUUGAGGAUAGGGAAUAGGUUAAAAAACAGUUUUCGGGUUGUUUUUUUUUUUUCAUUUAAGGUGAUUGGGAGGCCACAGGUUAGAAUCUGCCAAAAAAAUCCUUUGUAAAGAGUUGUGUCAAUGACAUCUUGGUGAAUUACAGAAAAUAAUAGCUUUAGUAAGCCAAAACAUUGCCUCUUUGAGUGCAUUUAACAUUGUGUUUGUUGCAUUUAUCUGCAAAUUUUUUGCUAAACAACAAUGGCAAAUUUAAUUUCUGUUGGGAAUUACAAUACCUCCAGCUUAUUUUUUCCUUUCUGUUUAUUUCUUUUAUGUAAACUUAAUAAACUUCUUGAGCAAUCCACACAAGCAAAACUUUCAUUGUUCCUUAUCUCUGUUUCAGCAGAAACUCCGCGUGCACCAAGAACGAGGCGGAAACGUAAGUCAACAAAUGCAAAUUCAUCGGCACCCAGCAGUGGUAUGAACAGUACGUCAGGUAAAAAGAAAUCGCCCAGCACUUCUGGGUUCACACUAGCAUCUCAGGAUGUCAUGGUUGUUGGCGAGCCUUCUCUGAUGGGCGGAGAAUUUGGUGAUGAAGACGAACGGCUUAUUACUAGGUGAGUGGUUCUAGCAACUAUUUUGGUGGAGCACAAGUUAGUGUUACUUUCAACAUAGUAUACAUCUCACCCAAGGAAUUGUGAAGUUGACAGUCAGUCCAGUGAUAUCUGCCUUCUAUCCCUUUGUUAUCUUGUUUGGUGAUGUUGUUUACAGUCACUUCCCACUACCCAUGUGAGUUGAUUGCAUUUCACACCUUGGCCUGUUCUAAGAACAUGAGCUCUGCUGCAUCCACAUUCUUUCCAUUCUUGCUAGCUUAAAUGAUGUUGACUUUAUAUUCUCCCUUUUUCUUGCUUUGCCAUGUUGUAACCUAAAUUGCCAAGACCUCUAAUAGGAUUUCAAGCUGUGUCAUGGUAGAAUGGCAUCUACCAUCUUGCUUCAGUUAUUCACCCUGUCGACUGUCUGUAACAGAAAGGUGUCCAUAUUAUGGAGGUGCCUAUAUGGGAGGGUCAACACUGCAGAUAAAAAUAAAGUUGAGGCACUGGUAUAGGCUAUUGAUAAAUGAAUGCCUUAGUAUAAAAUUGCUGUAAAAGGUAAAGGGAAAAUUAAAGUACGUUAACAUCAAAUAAACACUUUUUAUCCACUAAUGUUGAAAACACAGAUUGGGUUUUGAAGAUGGUGAAAGCAGUUUUCCUGACUUUUCUUUGGUAAGUGGAAUCCUCCCUCAUACACUAAUUAACCUCUGACAAAACAGGUUUUGAUGGUUAGUCUUACCCACAGUAAUAUGUGAAUCACACAACAAUAAAGGGUCUGAGGGACAGAAUUUUAAAAGGAAGGAUGUUUGCUUCAAGGUCUUUUGGUCUGUGUUUCCUCCAGUAAAUUUUGUUCUUUUGUCAUUCUAUGGAGGCCUUUUUACUUAGUUACCAAAAUUCUGUUAGAGUAACAAGGAAAUUCAACACUUAAAACAUGACAGUGUUUUAAGUUUCAGAGACAUGUUUUGGAUAUGUCAGCUUACUAGUUAUUUUUAUUUUGUCAGAGGGAUAUAGAAGAGGGAGGAUUUACCGAAGGAAGCUCAGAACACUUGACUUAAUCCUUUCAGAUUCAAGGUCAGAAGUUAAACAGUUCUUUAACAGUCAGUAGUUGGAAGAUGCGAUAAAACUGCCUAAUGCUGCAUACUUUAAGGGAGGAUGUCAUGCCAUUUACUAUCUUUUUAAAAAGCUAAAACAUCUCAUUGCAAUUCAACUGAAUUCCAAAUAAUGGUCCACACUAUAUUUAGCGAUUGAAACUGUUUCAUGCCGUCUGUUACUAUUGAUGGCAAGGGUGGACAUGAAUUGAAACUCGAAAAAAAAAUGGGCCAAUUUUUUCUAGUUUUAACGCCAUGCCUGCAAAAAUUACCAAAAAAAACUAUGGCUAGAGCUGAAAUUUGAUGACAUUUGAUAUUAUUGAAAAUGAAAUAUAUUAAUGAAAUUUGUUUAAUAUCUUCAUCAUAAGUCUACAGGAGCAUUUUGUGUACAAUGACUUUACACAGAAUUAACCUAAAACAGCAAUAUCCUUGUGCUGUAGCUUCUUUAACUAUGCUUUUCCAAGGCCUUAAAUUUACCAGAGAUGCAUGAGACCUUAUUUGCUAAGAUUAGCUGAAUCAAAAAAAUCCCAGUUUGAUUUUGCGGAACAAUAACAAUUAAAAUGAUAAUUAUGCCAAUGAAAUGAUUAAUUUACAAAAUAAAAAUAAUUGCAUGAACAAACAGGGCUGUCACUAAGAUUUCAAGUUGGCGGGUAUAUGCAAUUAGCAGGCGGGAACCUGAACUGCUAGGAGCUCUUUUGCCUGGUCUUAUUUUCCUUUGGCAUCCUGUGAAAAUAGUUGCAGGCCCUGCUCUUAGUAGCCAGGGGGGCAGAAUCCGCCUAGCCUUUGCUGCUAGUGACAGUGCUGAACAAAUAAAUACAUAAAUGUGACCACCAGAAGAAAGUCUAGUUAACUGAAUUUAACCCUUUCACUGCCAAAUUUAUCCAAAAGGAAAUUUUGACCAAAUCUUGAAUAGUACCAUGUGAAAAUGCAGGCAGAGAGCUUUCAUUUGAAUGGUCACAUCAUAGGAUUUCAUCCACAGACUCAAAAGUUAGAGUCACCUUACAAAACUCCAUCAAGCACUCUCGCAGUGAAAGGGGUUAAGAUGGAAACAUUUGAGGUCAGCAGUAAGAGUCUGUGGUAAUAUGUUGGUACUUAACUCUUGAAGCUUAUCCACCCCAUUGUUCCCCAUGUAUUUGCUAUGGCACUAGUGGAGAGAAUUAUUGAAAAUCAAGACAUUUUCUCUUUGUCGAUCAUUUCCAUCAUUUUCCUGAUACUGAUAAGCAGCUAUGAGAAAGACAGUGGCAUAUUGUUCUUAGCUUGUUUUCUUCUAACUUUAUAUCUAUCUGAUCUUCUGCUUAAAUUCAGCUCUAAUAAGAACUAAGGAUUUCAAGGAAUUAACGCUUUCUCCCAGCUCUUCCUCUUCUUGCUUUCCCCUCGUAACAUCAAAACAGUUACUGCUAAACAUGUCACUUUUUCACCAUUCAUGCCGACAAUCUUUCUGUUCCUCCUGUUUUCAAUUAUUCCAUCACUGAUGUAUUGUCAUUUUGGGGGAAUGCCAAUAGACCCUUAGCAGCUUCUCAUUCAAGUGGUACAAAACCGUCAUGCUAAAGAGUAAACAAAGGGCUCACAUCAUUUAAAAUGGUUAUCUCCUUGCACAGGAAUGACUACCUGUAAAGGGCUUAUGCUUUUCUGUGCACCAAUAAGAACAGAGAGUUUAAACUUCACGUAUACGGCAAACAGGAAUUACGUCAGAUUCAAGUUGAGAAUUUCUCAAAAUAGAAAAUGAGCGGAUAAAAACAGCUCAAAACAAUUCUUAUGGAUAAAAUAUGCAUGAAACUACUGAUUUAAGUGUAGAAAAAUGAACAGUAAACGACAAGUAAAGAGGAAACUUGAUCACGUGGUACAAAAAUCGCGUUUGACGUAAACGUGAUGCUUGACCACUCUAAUGCUACAUACCUGUGGGUCUGUAAAUAAUUGGUUUUUUGGUGAAAGGACAAGUGUCUGACUAAGACCGCAUUUGACUGGACCUACAAAAGUGUGUUUGGAUAUCAUUAUGUUAAUAAUAGCUGUGAUAAUAUUUAGAAUAUAUUUCCUUGAUGCAUUUGAUUCGUAAUUGAACAAGAGGAUGUAAAGAAGUCAUGAUCUGCUAAAAACCUCAAUGCAGAUUUAAGGAAAAUCUAUCGAUUUUAUCUUUGAUGGCGACAUUUCGAGAGGCCACCACUAGCUUCCCUGCGAAAUGACGUCUGAGGAAAAUUGCUUCUGCCAUUCAGAAGCACUGCCCAGAUCUGGGUAGUGACACGUCAUCAGUAUGGAAUUUUUGCGCUCAUUCCUCAGACAUCAUUUUGCGAGGAAACGAAUAGUGGCCUCGUGAAAUUUUGGCUGCUUUCUCAGGCUAGGAAAAAAUUAUGUGUAAAAUUCUUCGAUCAGUAAGUUUAGAAUUUGCCUCUCCUACCCAAAAGGAUGAUUGCUUUAAAUGACGGGAAACAAACAAACAAACAAAACGAAAAACAGCGGGGGAAAAGGAGGAGAUGGUUUGAGUUAUGGAGAGGCAAAAGAGUGAAAAUAUAACACAAUCGACCGGUUAGAGUUUACUGUCUUUGAUUGUUUGUCUUUAAUAGGCUGGAGAACACACAGUAUGAUGCAAGCAAUGGUGUUGGUGAUGAAGGCGACUUUGGUGGUAGCCCUAUGAGUGGAAGCCCAAGUCUUUGGAGUACAGAUCGUAAACCGAACCAAGAAGACAGUACUGGAGAAUAACAAGGUUUAUCAGAGAAAUAAUCCCAAGAUAUAUAUCCUGUCGUUGCCUGCCCUAGAAAAGCUUUGUCUGAGGACUUUUCGGGACUGGUACAUAAAGGCCACUAUGGACCACUGGCCAAAGUUUGUUAACUUUCACUCUCCGUUUGACAGAGUUUAAAUGUCAAAUUUUAUGAGCCAGGGUUUAAAGUUAUUUAUGCUGUUUCUUAUGGUAUUUUUGAACGGGCUGGCUACCUGUUAUAUUCACUUUUUAUUCAUGAAUGAUACACAACCAUAAAGUAUUUUGCAUCUUCUUUUUUUGAAAAAUAGAAAACCACGAAGUGAUUCGUUCUGAUGUGGUUAGAAACGACAGCUCAGCCAGGGCUUCACGAGAUAACUUACUAUUGUCUCUAAGAAGAGGCAGUGUCACUUCUGAAAAUUAUACACAUACAUUUUAAAGGGAAAAGGCGUUAUCCCAGUCGCGCUUAAACAUUGCUUAUUUGCUGAAUAGAGGCGCCAUUUAGGCGUUUACACUGAAGUAUGUUGUGAUCCGAACAGUGAAAUACUCCUACCAUUAAAACUCUUGAAAUAGCGUUCUUGUUUCUUGUAGAAAGGUCGAACGGUAGGGGAAACAACCGAAUGGUGGAAAGUGGAGAAAACCUUUUCCUGUUCUCACGUACUUCAGCCUCUGGAAAGGGGUCUCUUAAGAGAAAGUUCUUAAAUACGUACACUUGACUGAAUAGUUGGCAGGCAUAAUUUGCUAUGUUCCCGGAAUUCUGUUAUGUUUUAUCGUUCUUUUCGGACCAGCUUAGUGUACGGCAAAACGGGCGACUAAAACUUGCAUUGCAGAAUUUCUGCGAAACGUUUUUAAAAAUUAUAUUAUGCGUUUUACUACACACGUUCAAACCUGUCUUGCAACAAGUUAGGUUAUUGCAAGUUGCGUGAAAACUUAGUUCUGAUUGAAUAAGAUAACGCGAGAGUCACGACGGUUUUUGGUGGGUAAAACGCGUAAGGUGUACAGAUUUUGUUAGUAGAACUGCUGUCUACCACUCUCUCUACAAUAACUUGAUUUGCAGGACAUGUUUUUUAAUUCGUGGGUGGUAAAACGCACCAUAUCGCUAUUCAACUCGUUUUGCCGCAAUGCUGCACAAUAAGUGGCACAUUUUUUUUGUCCGUUUUACCCAGCCUUGAGUGUUCUUGCUGUUUUUACAAGCUUCACAGACACAUUUAAAGGAGUAAGUAGGAUGCCUUUUGUUAGAGUCUUCCUCCUCUAGCGUUAAUUUAGUCUGUGGCCACUAAAUUGCUAGAAUUACACUCUGAAAGCGGCAAUAGCGUUAUGUGCCUUACAAAGGUCUGUUUUGUAGAGUACAACGUGCUUCGAUUUACGUAUGUAGCCCUGUUGAUGAUUGGGUGGAAACUAUUCACGUAGCAGUAGAGCUGUUGGCUAAAAGCUGGUUGGAUUUUUAAGAAGAAAAGAUACACGCCUUUAUAAAACACUUUAAAACAUAUCUUAACAGAGAAGCCGAUGUUUUUCAUUUGUAAGAUGAACACAUUAAACCAGCCGCUGAUACUUUUUUACGGGCCGGUUGAUAGCAAAGCAAGGGAUUUCCAAGUCCGCCUUGGCCUGUUCCAGCCGUUCAUAUAAUCCCUCGUUCUUUUUUCCCCUGGCCCAUUUUUCACCCACGCACUACUAUCUGAACGCCUGUAACAGGCUAUACUCACCUGCUUCGGAGGCGGUUAAAUUUAACCCAUGGUAAGCCCAAAUUUGAAGCAUUUAUUAUAACCUAGAAAGUAUUACUAGGCCUUAAAUUACUACAUUAAAACAUAACGCGGUCUAUAAUUUUAACCCUGGGUUAGCGUUAUCGGCUUUCAAGGCCGACAUAUUCAGUGAUCAUGAGAGGUUGGUUGGUUGCUCUGACUCGGGAGUUAGUUUUGUGGUGCUACGCGCCUAUCGCAUUGGAGCAAGUUUCUAUCCGUGCUGUCUAAAUUGGUAAACUUAUCUCGUACAACUCUCGGGAGGCAGAGUUUUCUUCAGCAAAAGUUCAUCGGGGUAGGAGAAAUAUCUGCAAAAGUUCUCCUUCAGAUUCCCUUGCUCCUGCGGUUACUUCUGUCAGCAGAGUUUCGUCCUUCUCUAAACUCAGUCUUUAAAGGGUAAAAAUAAAAUAUUUCCUUUCGCGUGUACAGAGGUUAAAGUCAAACUAACAAAAUCUUUUAUCUUAAAACAUUCGGUAAUAAAGGCUNUGGGUGGAAACUAUUCACGUAGCAGUAGAGCUGUUGGCUAAAAGCUGGUUGGAUUUUUAAGAAGAAAAGAUACACGCCUUUAUAAAACACUUUAAAACAUAUCUUAACAGAGAAGCCGAUGUUUUUCAUUUGUAAGAUGAACACAUUAAACCAGCCGCUGAUACUUUUUUACGGGCCGGUUGAUAGCAAAGCAAGGGAUUUCCAAGUCCGCCUUGGCCUGUUCCAGCCGUUCAUAUAAUCCCUCGUUCUUUUUUCCCCUGGCCCAUUUUUCACCCACGCACUACUAUCUGAACGCCUGUAACAGGCUAUACUCACCUGCUUCGGAGGCGGUUAAAUUUAACCCAUGGUAAGCCCAAAUUUGAAGCAUUUAUUAUAACCUAGAAAGUAUUACUAGGCCUUAAAUUACUACAUUAAAACAUAACGCGGUCUAUAAUUUUAACCCUGGGUUAGCGUUAUCGGCUUUCAAGGCCGACAUAUUCAGUGAUCAUGAGAGGUUGGUUGGUUGCUCUGACUCGGGAGUUAGUUUUGUGGUGCUACGCGCCUAUCGCAUUGGAGCAAGUUUCUAUCCGUGCUGUCUAAAUUGGUAAACUUAUCUCGUACAACUCUCGGGAGGCAGAGUUUUCUUCAGCAAAAGUUCAUCGGGGUAGGAGAAAUAUCUGCAAAAGUUCUCCUUCAGAUUCCCUUGCUCCUGCGGUUACUUCUGUCAGCAGAGUUUCGUCCUUCUCUAAACUCAGUCUUUAAAGGGUAAAAAUAAAAUAUUUCCUUUCGCGUGUACAGAGGUUAAAGUCAAACUAACAAAAUCUUUUAUCUUAAAACAUUCGGUAAUAAAGGCUACAAAUACUUUCAUUCAGAUGCUCGUUGUUUUCCAUAACUGACGACGGCAAGGGGCGGACUAGACUACAAAACAGUCCGUAUUUAUGCGUAUUCAAGUACGCGCCAGCAGUCAAACAAAAGGUGUGGAACAAGGCUGAAAACAAUGACGGGCGUGUGAGGCUCGCGCGGUUCGCGCGCGCAGGACUCUUACGCCACGCUUUACCGAUUUCUUUACUGAUUUUGAGGAAAAAACCGACUGUUUUGCAGUCUAGGGGCGGACGGCAACGGGCGUCAGUAGAACGCCGACUCGGGGUCGUGGUCGGGGCCGAUUGUUUUACCCUAACCAAAACAUGGAACAGAAAACCAUAUUAAAGAGAAGUCGACCGCGACCCGGAGUCAACAUUUUACCGACACCUGUUGGCAACUAGGACUUCUUAAAAGUACGUCGAAAACACCCCGAUCUGCACAUGAUCUGCACGUGCAUCACGACCUCGUUCCCAGGGAUUUUCCCUCCCAUUUUCUAAGGAUAAGCCCUGGGGACGAGGCUUUUUGGUUCAUUUCUUCCUCCUUCUCUGCAGUACCCGGUGACUUAAAUGAGCAAGUUUUUCUUUCCAAGGAAAUAAUGCUCGUGUGGAAGACGCUAAUAGACGACGACCGUUUUACUAAUUUCUUCCUGAAUCUACAUCUUGAAAUACAGUAAAUACCCGCUAAUAAAAACCUACAGUUUUUGAGGUCUAGCGAAAAAAGGUUCUUUUAUUUUGGGGUAGUUAUUGGCAAUUUAGGCUGAGUAGGUUCUUAAUUUCUACAAGGGGAUAGCUGUUGACUACCAGAAAAAUAAAUAAACUUGAGUUUGGUCCUUAAAUAUGCAAUAUUUAUUCAAAACUGUACAUUGCAAACUGCCUCCGUUAUGCAAGGUCCAUGAAGACAAUUGCGGUCUGUGCUUUUUAAAUUUCACUUAGUACGAUCAGCUUUGCGGAUUUCAAUGUGUCCAAAGUAUGGUCUUCAUUCGAGCCAAUUAAUGGGCGGAACUUUCACCAGUUUCCCCAGCGUAAAGCGUUCCCUGCUACAUCAAAUUAAUUCACUGGUAUCAGUGAUACACUCCUAGGCGGAGUGAAGCAUUGUGCAAUUAGCCUGCAUAACAGGCGCUGCAAAAUGGCGCGUUCGCCUCGCUUGGUUCAUAAAGUGCCUGUUAAAUGAAAGCAGGCUGUUAUGAGAGCAAAGUGUCUUACCCAAGAACACAACACAAUGACCCCAGCAGGAUCUGAACCCGGACUUAAUUCCCGAUACGUAAUCCAAAGCACUGGGCCACCUCGCCUCCGGUUCCUCUUGCAGGCUAAUGUAUGUAGGUAUGUAUGCAUGAUUUAUGAAAAGACAAACGGCAAAUUCCCUGGAGAACAUCACGUGGUGUGAAUUGAAGAAACGUAACUAAACGUACAAAUUAAAAAGGUCUAUUGCUAUCAAGAUUGAAAGAGCGUGCAAUCACACAAAUUGUAAUGAUCAAGUCUGAAAUUUUGCUCUAUUACUGGAACCAAAGGUCUCAUUUUUUGUAUAUAUUUAUACUAUCGAAACACUCCUAUUAAGAUACGACGCUAAUGAACAUUUUGCCACUUACAUAGCCUGGGAUGUAUACACUGAUCAGUUGGCCACAUCUACAAAAGCUGUAGGUUAAACCUUUAAAGUUUAAUUAAUAAUUAUUAUUCUUAUUAAAGUUUUGACCUUGAUUGUGGUAAGUAUCACCUUAGCUGCACAUCAUCUAAUGAACAUUAUUUUAAAAAAUAAUCGAGAGUGAUGUCAGUUUUGGUAACUGUGGCUCAGACUUCACGUCCAUGGGCCAAUUUAACAAAACUUUUACAGGUGUAAUUUGCAAGUGUGCCCCUUGUUUUAGUGUCUAAAAACAAAAGCUACACUUGUUAAUUACACUUGCUUCUCAUUCAAUUGGUACAAAACCGCCAUGCUAAAGAGUAAACAAAGGGCUCACAUCAUUUAAAAUGGCUAUCUCCUUCCACAGGAAUGACUACCUGUAAAGGGCUUAUGCUUUUCUGUGCACCAAUAAGAACAGAGAGUUUAAACUUCACGUAUACGGCAAACAGUAAUUACGUCAGAUUCAAGUUGAGAAUUUCUCAAAAUAGAAAAUGAGCGGAUAAAAACAGCUCAAAACAAUUCUUAUGGAUAAAAUAUGCAUGAAACUACUGAUUUAGGUGUAGAAAAAUUAACAGUAAACGACAAGUAAAGAGGUCGAAACUUGAUCACGUGGUACAAAAUUCGCGUUCGACGUUUGACGUAAACGUGAUGCUUGACCACUCUAAUGCCACAUACCUGUAGGUGUGGAGAUAACUGGUUUUUUGAUGAAACGACAAAUGUCUGACUAAGACCGCAUUUGACUGGACCUACAAAAGUGUGUUUGGAUAUCAUUAUGUUGAUAAUAGCUGUAAUAAUAUUUAGAAUAUAUUUCCUUGAUGCAUUUGAUUCGUAAUUGAAAAAGAUGAUGUAAGGAAGUCAUGAUCUGCUAAAAAGCUUAAUGCAGAUUUAAGGAAAUUCUAUCGAUUUUAUCUUCGAUGCCGACAUUUCGAGAUGCCACCACUGGCUUCCCUGCGAAAUGACGUCUGAGGAAAAUUGCUUCUGUCAAUCAGAAGCACUGCCCAGAUCUGGGUAGUGACACGUCAUCAGUAUGGAAUUUUUGCGCUCAUUCCUCAGACAUCAUUUUGCGAGGAAACGAAUAGUGGCGUCGUGAAAUCUUGGCUGCUUUCUCAGGCUAAGAAAAAAUUAUGUGUAAAAUUUUUCGAUUAGAAUUAGAAUUUGCCUCUCCUACCCAAAAGGACGAUUGCUUUAAAUGACGGGAAACAAACAACAAACAACAAACAAACAACGAAAAAGAGCGGGAAAAAAGGAGGAGAUGGUUUAAGUUAUGGAAAGGCAAAAGAGUGAAAAUAUAACGCAAUCGACCGGCUAGAGUUUACUGUCUUUGAUUGUUUGUCUUUAAUAGGCUGGAGAACACACAGUAUGAUGCAAGCAAUGGUGUUGGUGAUGAAGGCGACUUUGGUGGUAGCCCCAUGAGCGGAAGCCCAAGUCUUUGGAGUACAGAUCGUAAACCGAACCAAGAAGACAGUACUGGAGAAUAACAGGGUUUAUCAGAGAAAUAAUCCCAAGAUAUAUAUCCUGUCGUUGCCUGCCCUAGAAAAGCUUUGUCUGAGGACUUUUCGGGACUGGUACAUAAAGGCCACUAUGGACCACUGGCCAAAGUUUGUUAACUUUCACUCUCCGUUUGACAGAGUUUAAAUGUCAAAUUUUAUGAGCCAGGGUUUAAAGUUAUUUAUGCUGUUUCUUAUGGUAUUUUUGAACGGGCUGGCUACCUGUUAUAUUCACUUUUUAUUCAUGAAUGAUACACAACCAUAAAGUAUUUUGCAUCUUCUUUUUUUGAAAAAUAGAAAACCACGAAGUGAUUCGUUCUGAUGUGGUUAGAAACGACAGCUCAGCCAGGGCUUCACGAGAUAACUUACUAUUGUCUCUAAGAAGAGGCAGUGUCACUUCUGAAAAUUAUACACAUACAUUUUAAAGGGAAAAGGCGUUAUCCCAGUCGCGCUUAAACAUUGCUUAUUUGCUGAAUAGAGGCGCCAUUUAGGCGUUUACACUGAAGUAUGUUGUGAUCCGAACAGUGAAAUACUCUUACCAUUAAAACUCUUGAAAUAGCGUUCUUGUUUCUUGUAGAAAUUUCGAACGGUAGGGGAAACAACCGAAUGGUGGAAAGUGGAGAAAACCUUUUCCUGUUCUCACGUACUUCAGCCUCUGGAAAGGGGUCUCUGAAGGGAAAGUUCUUAGAUACGUACACUUGACUGAAUAGUUGGCAGGCAUAAUUUGCUAUAUUCCCGGAAUUCUGCUAUGUUUUAUCGUUCAUUGUUCAUGGCGAGGUUUCUCUGAGUACUGUAGGUAUGAUCAUUUCGGACCAUCUUAGUCUACGGCAAAACGGGCGACUAAAACUUGCAUUGCAGAAUUGCUGCGAAACGUUUUUAAAAAUUAUAUUAUGCGUUUUACUACACACGUUCAAACCUGUCUUGCAACAAGUUAGGUUAUUGCAAGUUGCGUGAAAACUUAGUUCUGAUUGAAUAAGAUUACGCGAGAGUCACGACGGUUUUUGGUCGGUAAAACGGGCAAGGUGUACAGAUUUUGUUAGUAGAACUGCUGUCUACUACUCUCUCUGCAAUAACUUGAUUUGCAGGACAUGUUUUUUAAUUCGUGGGUGGUAAAACGCGCCAUAUCGGUAUUCAACUCGUUUUGCCACAAUGCUGCACAAUAAGUGGCACAUUUUUUUUGUCCGUUUUACCCAGCCUUUAGUGUUCUUGCUGUUUUUACGAGCUUCACAGACACAUUUAAAGGAGUAAGUAGGAUGCCUUUUGUUAGGGUCUUCCUCCUCUAGUGUUAAUUUAGUCUGUGGCCACUAAAUUGCUCUAAUUACAUUUUGAAAACGGCAAGAGCGUUAUGCGCCUUAAAAAGGUCUGUUUUGUAGAGUACAGCGUGCUUCGAUUUACGUAUGUAGCCCUGUUGAUGAUUGGGUGGAAGCUAUUCACGUAGCAGUAGAGCUGUUGGCUAAAAGCUGGUUGGAUUUUUAAGAAGAAAAGAUACACACCUUUAUAAAACACUCUAAAACAUAUCUUAACAAAGAAGCCGAUGUUUUUCAUUUGUAAGAUGAACACAUUAAACCAACCGCUGAUACUUUUUUACGGGCCGGUUAAUAGCAAAGCAAGGGAUUUCCUGGUCCGCCGCGUGUAUUCUAUCCACCUUAGCCUGUUCCAGCCGUUCAUAUAAUCCCUCGUUUUUUUUCCUCUGGCCCAUUUUUCACCCACGCACUACUAUCUGAACGCCUGUAACAGGCUAUACUCACCUGCUUCGAAGGCGGUUAAAUUUAACCCAUGGUAAGCCCAAAUUUUAAAGUUUUCUCGUCUAUGAAGCAUGUAUUAUAACCUAGAAAGUAUUACUAGGCCUUAAAUUACUACAUUAAAACAUAACGCGGUCUAUAAUUUUAACCCUGGGUUAGCGUUAUCGGCCAAGUUCGAGGCCGACAUAUUCAGUGAGAGGUUGGUUGGUUGUGCUGACUCGGGAGUUAGUUUUGUGGUGCUACGCGCCUAUCGCAUUGGCGUAAGCUUCUAUCCGUGCUGUCUAAAUUGGUAAACUUAUCUUGUACAACUCUUGGAAGACAGAGUUUUCUUCAGCAAAAGUUCAUCGGGGUAGGAGAAAUAACUGCAAAAGUUCUCCUACAGAUUCCCUUGCUCCUGCGGUUACUUCUGUCAGCAGAGUUUCGUCCUUCUCUAAACUCAGUCUUUAAAGGGUAAAAAUAAAAUAUUUCCUUUCGCGUGUACAGAGGUUAAAGUCAAACUAACAAAAUCUUUUAUCUUAAAACAUUCAGUAAUAAAGGCUACAAAUACUUUCAUUC